AUGGGGCCCCUUGCGGGCCCUCUGCGGCCCCUCUGCGACCCCGUCGCCGCCAUCUGCGGCCCCGUCGCCGCCACCUGCGGCCCCGUCACCGUCACCUGCGGCCCGGUCGCCGCCACCUGUUGCCCCGUAGCCGCCACCUGCGGCCCUGCCGCUACCUGCGGCCUCGUCGCCGCCACCUGCGGCCCCGUUGCCGCCACCUACGGCCCCGUCGCCGUCACCUGCGCCCACGUCGCCGCCACCUGCGGCCACGCAGCCACCACCUGCGGCCCCGUCGCCGCCACGUGCGGCCCCGUCGCCGCCACCUACGGCCCCGACGCCGUCACCUGCGGCCCCGUCGCCCUCCCCUAG